CGGAAAACCCACCCCCAGGUCAGCCUCAUCCAAAACCGCCAACCAACCCACCGGGCCCAUGCAUUCACUCCUCAGGCGUGAUGGGCAUAGUACCAGUAACCUGCACAAACAAAGAGGCACGAACAUAGAGAGACAUGUCGCAAAGGGUGAAAAGCGUUCGAUUAAGGUCUACCUGUCCGGUUGAGCGAUGGAGGACAGGUAGACCACUUGUUCCUUCGUCUGUACGCUUCCCACGGUACCCGGACACUUCCUCCUUGAUACACCGAAGUCCUUGUGUCGAGAAAGGACCUGGAAUUCUCAUCGAAUACUUGCGGCGUGGGCAGGUGCAGCCGUGCAGAGCCGCCGGGCGCCGCCGACUUGGGCCGCGUGGCCACCUUCGUCUUCUUGCGGACCGCCGACUUGUUCAGCUGCUGAGCGGUGGAUGGGCGGCCGUUCGUCGCCUUGGCCACGUCGCUUGCUCCCUUGGUCUCUGUGGUGGCUGUCUGUGGGCGGGACGACGUCAUCAUCAUGCCUUCCAGUUGCCCUGUCUCCCUGAGCCGUGUUGUCACAUCAGCGGUCAUGGGCCGAUUGUAGCCCAUCCAGGGGUGCCCCCCGUCGGAUGAGUACAGUGGCGACAUUCUGCUGGGUGCGUCCUCUGGCGGAACCGGCAGCAGUGGGUCGGCGUAGGUCGUGGUGUAGAUUGUCGGGGGUGCCUUGGUUCGGAUGAGGUGCUCGUUCUUCGCGCGUUGGAGCACUUGGAGGUCCACCAGGAAAUCACUUGCAGCCUUUUUCAUGGCGUAGUACUGCAAACGAGAAAACGGCCGGACCGAUCUGGCAUCAACGUAUGUGUCCAUCAGUGCUGUAUAUACCUGGCGCAUGUACUGUUUGAGCUCACAAGAUGGGUGUCUCUCCAAGUUGUCUACCGCGCUGCAUGGAUCAAGGAGCUUGCACGUGAUGUCUCGCACGCCAGUGGUCAUUCAAUCAGCAUGGCUGACCUCACGAACUCUGAGAUGAGGUUGAUGGCUUGAGUCUCGUUUUCCAGCUGCUGACUUCCUCGACCAGUUGUGCCCAACGUUACGCCAGGCUCGACACAGACCAACUUGAGCAACAAUCGCUGCAGGCAAUUCCAUCAGCAAAGAAUACCGUCCACAUAUCAACGGUCUCUUUUCUCCAGAUACCUCAAUCGUCUUUUGCAUUGCCCGUAGCUUCCGAAAGUAAUGCUCCGCCCUUCUUGAUCGGUCAGCCUGCCAAAGAAAAAAACUCCAAUCAAGUCUCCACAAAGGCUGGCAGUCACUGGCAGUGUGGCGAAUACCGUGAAUGGCGGUGUCGGUAAGUUGAAUGUCUUCACUCCCAGCCGUUCAAUCGACCGAAGGGUUCCUGUGUUGGCGAACGUCCGCUCGACCUUGUGGUAUAUGCGCGAGUAGAGACUGAGAGAUGGAAACACAGAGCCCUCCAUGCAGCAUGGCAUCUACCAUUCCAGCGCCUACUCAGGCGUUAAGUAGUGAUUCUGUGUCGUAAAAGGGCCGAAGAAAGGCUCCAUGGUCACAAAGCAGCAGGAGAUCGCAACACGGGGGAGGGGAGGGAAGGGAGAAGGCGGAAAGAACGAUGUUUUUGCCCCUUUUUUGCGUCCGUUCCCUGAGCACGUGCCCCCUGCGGCCCUGAGCACGUGCCCGCUUUCCCCCGUCG